AUUUUGCACCAAUUUGCCAAAUAUGUCUACCAUUUGGUUUUCUGCCCAGGUGUUUGUAUAUUAAAUUGGAAAAAAAUGUUCAAAAGUGGAUCAAAGAGGACAAGUGAUAUUGAGAGGUCAAUAUGACGCAGCCUAGUAAAGCUAACGCCUUGUGUUUAUGAAGUGUGUGCUGUAGGGACUUCUUUAUCCGUGUCCUUUGUUAAGUUAAACUGACAUGGUGACUGUAACCAACAAACAAACCUGCUGAGAAAAGUGAAAACAGAGUCACCUGAAUCAACUGGUUAACUAACGUGUGUCAGAGUCUGCGAUGGAGCGCUCUGGAGAGUUCAGCUGUCAUGAUUGUAACAUGGUGUUUCGCUCCUUUAGCCUUUUGGACAAACACAAGUCCCGGUUCUGUAUAGGAAGUGCCAUAGGAGACCCGACAGCAUUAAGGAGAAGACGAGCGGAAAUCGGUGAGCCCGAAAAGGUGAAUAUUUGCGUAUUACGCCCAAGAAUGACUAAGACUCCUGAUCUGAUUCAUCUGAAAGAGCAGAGAGAUAAACUGCUAAAGCAGACUGACAGACGACAGACCCACAGAGAACCCAGCAUGGCCGACAGCCUGGCCUUUAACAAGCUCACUCAUGAGUUUCAUAAGCUGAGGAUGUCAGUUGAAGAGUCUUUGCCCCGAAGACACGGAGAGGGAUUGUGUCCAGACAGAAAGUGGACUGAUGGACAGAGGCUUCGGGAAGUGUAUAAACACCAUGAACAGAAGCUGGCUGAAAUCCAGGCAAACACCACCGAGCUGGAGCAACAGAGAAAGGAGAUUGAACGGCAGAUGGCCUUGAUUGGGCAUGAUGGAACGGCUCAUCUGGAAGAGAUCCUGUACAAGCUAAAAGAACAAGAAGAGAGAAAUGAGGAGGUUCUGUGCCGACUCAGCACUCAGAUCAAUGCACUGCAGGGAGUGAAAGAUACCAACGUUACACCAGACCCCCUAGAGGAUAGGAGGACACAACAUUUAUCCUUUGACCUCAUCUCUUCUGUGGAUGACCCGCUCUCCAUCCAGAUAAGAGCUUUACAUCUAGCAUACAUACAAUCUGGAGGUUCUGAUCCAGAGGUUCUGGCUCACCUGCAUGACCUUCAGGUGGAGUCUCACGCGCUGGAGCAGAGCCGACCUGCAGCUGAACACCGGACGAGGAAGAACCGACGAAUGAAGUUCUCUCAUCCAGCCUUGGACUCAAUUAUCAUGGCAGUGGAGCAAGAGAACCAGCAGCUGGAGGAGCAGAUCCUCAAGCUGCAGAUAGACAGAGAGAGACACAGAGGAAGAGCUGCUGGUUCAGAGCUCAGUCUGAUCCAAAAGAACCACAUCCAUCAGCUUUCCAGUCUGCAGACCGAGAUCUCCAACCUCAGGAAAGAAGUGGAGAAAAGCAGGGGGAGAAAAACUCACCCUCCUGCUCAAGAACAUGGUUCACAACAGCAUUCACUAAUGGACAGACAUGUGUUUAGCUCAGCUGACUCUCUUGGUCCUGCUCCUUAUGAUCCUGUGUCUGGAUUUGUGAUCUUCUAUGACAUGGUCCUUGGUGUGGAUGCCAUGUUUAGCUCAGUUCAUCUGGUAGCCAGGCUGUUCUCUGGGGGGCAAGAAAUCGGGCAGCCUACCCCCAUGCCACCUGUCCAAUGCCAGCCUGCUGAGGCUUUAAGCUAUCCACAGAGAAAGCAUGCUGGAAACUAUGCCUUACUAGCUGUUCAGCAGCCUGUGCAGAGGUUGCAGCCGUCUCCAUCUCUAUAUUUGGUGGUGGAAGUUCAGAUUGUUGGUGGUUUUGGCUUGUGUGAUGAGGAGAUGAGAGGCUGGUCCAAACUGCAGCUCUUUGACAUUCACAAUCAGGUUCAGAGUGGAUUCUGGAAACUUCCUUUCCGCUCUCUUCCUGUGAGGCCGUGCCUCAGCCCAGGCCACCUCAACUCUGUACCACAGUUGGGUAACAUGGAGAUUUGCCUUCGCAUAGUUAAUGCUCGUGAUGGAGAUGUCCAGUCACUUGCUACGAUCGGUCCUAACAAUAGUAGGCAGUACAAGUAUCCAUCAGUGGUAUGCAACCCAUCAAUGGAUGUUUCACACUCAGACACUGAGAGGGAAGGACAAACACCUCAGCCAAAACCUUUACAACUUUCAUCCAAUCCGUUUCUCUCAUCAUUGCCCCAGACUGAUCAUGUGGACCCUCCCCCAAAAGACAGUGUUCAUAGUUAAGAACGAAGACUUCAUUCAACUUCAAACCAAUCGGAUCUGGGCUGCUGUGACUAUGUCGAUCAAUUCAUUUUCAUGAUGUGUUCUGGGUCUCACCUAUCAAUGCUGAUUUGUAGAAUUGAACUAGAUUGACAAAUUUACACCAGUUGUGUUUAAAGCUUGAUUCUGGUUCGUCAGAAGGUGUUGAUUCGUUUUCUGUAGCAUCAAAGCAAACAAGAGGGUACAAACUUUUAUAGCUGUUAGAACCAGAACUAGCUAUUAUCACAGAUUCAUACAUCAUUAAAUGUACAAUGCAUCACUGUUAAGUCAUGAAAAAUAUCUUAAUUGUUGUCAAAUCUUUAGUGUAAGAGAAAUAAAACAUUUUUG